AUGAAGCAUUAUUCAAAGCUCACAAGUAAUGAAUUUGACAAGACUCUUAAAGAGGCAACAACUGAUGAGUCAAUGAAAAUUCUUAAUGAAGCAACUGAUAGGUUUAUGGAAGAAAAGGGGAGAUAUCAGAGGUUGAUUAGGAAGUUAUUGUACUUAACCAUCACCAGGCCUGAUAUUUCCAAUACAGCGCAAUGUUUAAGAUCAGAACAAGUUACAUCUUACUGUGACUCAGAUUGGGCAUCUUGUCCAAUGUCUAGCAAAUCUGUAACUAGGUAUUGCAUUAAAUUGGGGUCCUCCCUUAUCUCUUGGAAAGCAAAGAAGCAAAAUACCAUAUCUAGAAGUUCUGCUAAAGCAAAAUAUAGAAGUACGGCCCAUACAGUUGUAGAGUUGGUUUGGUUAAUGAUGAAGAAAUUGACACUUAAAGUGGAAUUACCAAUAGUUUUAUGCUGUGAUAACACGGCAGCUUUGCAGAUUGCAGCUAAUCAAGAGGAUUAA